AUGUUCGAGGGCAUGUCCGUCCUCCGCAAGGAGGAGCGGGAGCGGUCGGGCCCCUCUGAGGAGGCCAAGGCGCUGUCCAGGUACCUGGAGUCCAAGUACGCGGGCGGGGACGCCAGGGCCAAAAAAGUGAAGAAGAAGAAGCGGGCGCGGCAGAACAUCACGGUCCGGGACAUGGACGUCUCCGGGUUCGAGGCCGGAGCGGGGGGUGCUGGGAGCGAUGGAGAAGAUGAGAAGGAUGAGGCCCCUGUGAUAGCCAAUCCCGAAGAGGCCGAGCUGUUAAAGAGGCAAACAGAAAAGGCAAAACGAUACUACGAGGUUGGCAAUGGUGGUGCUGGCUGGACAAAGAUGGACCAAGACAAUGGAGAGGAUGGAGCAAUGCUUCAUCGCAAGCGUAAACCCAGACAUGACUCACCAGACCAGUCCCCUCAGAGAAGAAAGUCUGUCAGGCAUGACUCACCAGAUCAGUCUCCUCCAAGGAGAAAGGCUGCUAGACAUGACUCACAAGAUCCGUCUCCACCAAGAAGAAAGGCUGUCAGGCAUGACUCACCAGAUCAGUCUCCACCAAGGAGAAGGGCUGUCAGGCAUGACUCACCAGAUCUGUCUCCUCCAAGGAGAAAGGCUGCUAGACACAACUCACCAGAUCUGUCUCCACCAAGAAGAAAGGCUGUCAGGCAUGACUCACCAGAUCAGUCUCCCCCAAGGAGGAAGGCAACCAGACAUUACUCACCAGAUCAGUCCCCUCCAAGAAGAAAAGGAGCAAGACGUGCUUCAGCAGAUCUGUCUCCACCAAGGAGGAAGGCAGCCAGACAUGACUCGACAGAUCUGUCUCUUCCAAGGACGAGAGGUGACCGUCAGGAAGGGGGCACCUUGAUUACCCACAGACAUGGAACAAAACGUCCACCAGCGAUGGCAGAUGGCACAACAGCGGGCAUGGUGUCUGGUCAGCAGCUAAGGCAAGAUCUGGAAAAGAAGAGGCGGCAAGACAAGGCAAGGCUGUUGGCUCUUGAUGCUGGUCAGACUGGUGAGGGUGCAGAGACUGUUUAUCGGGAUGCACAUGGCAGGAGGAUGUCAUUGGAGGAACUCAAGGAAAAGAGGGCAAAAGAGCAGAAACAAAGAGAGGAGCAGGAGACAGCACCAUGGGGCAGCGGACUUCUCCAACAGAGGGAAAUGGAACGGAGGAGGGUGGAGAUGCAGAGAGAAGCAGCCAAGCCCUUUGCUCGAUCGAGGGAUGACAAGGAUCUGGACGAGAUGUACAGGACAAGAACUCGCUUCGGGGAUCCCAUGGCACAGUUCACUAAAAAGAGGCAGCUAACUGAUGAGGAACUGGCACCACCCGUGAUCACUGAUAGCAUGAGGCAGUUCAUGAAUAAAUCGGGCUUCGUUGUGCCUCAGGACGUGCCUCCCUACAGCUGGCUGAAGCGAGGUGUCGCGCCACCCACCAAUCGGUACAACAUUCGGCCGGGCAGGCACUGGGACGGGGUGGUCAGGACCAAUGGAUUCGAGCAGGAGUUCCUAAAGCAGCUGAACGAAAAGAAGGCUUUGGAAAAGGAGGCCAUGAUGUGGUCCGUCGAGGACAUGUAG